AUGGGGGGCCGAGCCGUAUCGCCCGGGGGGGCUCUAUUGAGGACAUCCCGCAUGUUCUCAAUUCCCAAGCCCCUUCCCGAACCGCCGUCAACGAACCUCCAUAUUGGGGAUCACAAGUCUGCGACAAUGACGAGACCGUAUCCGCAGCAUCAGUCCAUCACCUCGCCCCUGGCCUCACGAGAGAAGGGCGACUGGGGACUCAAGCGGCCGUUUCCUCUGAAAUCCACCAUGGCCACAUCUACGCCCUUUAUCCGAAUCAAACAGGUCGACACCGUUGAAAACGUCACCAACUUUGCUUCUGCCGCCGACCACUCUCUGUCGUUGGAGAAGUUCCAAGAGCUGCGAGUGGCCAUGUCCGUGCCCUUUAAUACCGACAAGAAGUCCGACUCUUCCCCAAGGACAGAACUAUGGCACAAAUCGGUGUUUGAGGAGGACAUGGACUUUACAGACUUCCAGCGCGGACGGGGAGAUGAUCGACGAUGGAAGUUCCAGGGCCCUUGGCUGGCUAGAAUGACUGAGGGAGAGUUCAUCGAGUACCUGAACAAAAAAGUCCGGCCUAAGCGGGCGCACUUCCGAACACUCCUGAAGGAGAAGCUGGCGGACGACAUCACUACGAGCCAGAACAAGGCUGCGUUGGAGACCGGCAAAGCCGCUCCCGCCAAGGUUGAGGCGCGAGACAUCUCAGAGGAGCAGUUUACAGACUACCUGCGCUCAUUGCGCAACGACAGAGUGACGCUGUAUGCGCUCGUCUCCAAGUUCCUCGACUUGGCUCCCCUGGGACAGCCAGUUGGAAUCAUUCAAACCUUCUGGUCCGAUCGGGACAGCCUUGCCCCCGAUAGCCCGUAUGGCAAAUCUGGCCCACCCCCAAGCCACCCCUCCGCUGGUAUCAGCUACCUGCGAACCGGUUCAUUCAUGGAGAACCACCCCGUCUACGGCCCCCAGGGCAAGCGAACGCCGGCAUUGGCCCGAGUGGUCUAUCCCAAGGUUGGCCCCAUGUCUCCCAAGCUUGGUGUCGGAGGUUUCGUCGCCGAUGCUCCCUCUGGUGACAACGAGUUCAACCCGAGGACAUAUGGUCGCGCAAGAUUCUCACCCAUCAAGUCCAUGCUCAACGGCAUUAUGCAUCUUGACACUACCACAUUUGGUGGUGCCAAAGCCUACGUUGAGGCAACGACGGCCAAUGUUGAUCCUAGCGGCAAGGUCGUCUUGCAGCUCCGAGAGACGGGCCCAGAGGCUCAGGUGGUUGCGAGGGAGAGCAAAGGCCUCACUGAGAUCUAUCAUGACGGCCCAACCAAGAGCUAUAUCCCCAGCACCACCGGCGCCCCUAGCAGCAGUACCAGCGCUCCUGGCGGAUAUGAGGGCCAGCGAUCUACGCGUGUAUCUAACGAAGCCCGCUUAAACCGUGUUGCUGAUGAGAUUUUGGAGGAGUCAUUGCGCUCUGACAAGUCAUGA